AUGUCUGACGAAGAAGGCGACCUCUUCAACAUCGCCAUUGAUGACUCGGACGAGGAGGUGCAGAAGCCCAGAGACUGGCAAUCGGAAGAGGACUUCCAAGCGCUGAGGGCGACAUAUCGGGUGAAGGUGCAGGACGGCGAUAUCUGGAAGACCAUCGAACUACCGCUCAAUACAGAAAAGGCCAGCAAGCCCGUGCUACAGGAACUCCUGCACGCCGUGGAAGAGCUCUACUUCCUCCGCCGGUUCGGCGAGGCCGCGGCGUUUGCGAGGCGGGUCCUGGACGGGAGCGAGGCGGCGAUGGAUAGGGAUACCAGGGAGACGCUGACCCGGUAUGAGGAUAAGUGCCGGGGCCGGAUGGAGAACUGA